AUGGAAGAACGCUCAGCGCAAGCACUGCUCGGUUAUGUAGUGUCAGCGGAGAAACCCAGAGAAGAGCUCGAAUUGGGUGAAUUGUACCCCGACUUGGAUGAAACUGCUGCGUUGCCCGUGUUUUUUGUCAAUGAAAACACCGACGACAACUACAAUCUGAGCAAUAACGGCAACAGCCAGAAACCGCUGUCUGAAGUGUUGAAUUUAAAGGUUCCUACAUUUAGAAAAAUCCAACCCAAGUUGCCCAAUCCAAACAUCAGGUUCAACAAACAGCUCUUUGAGUAUGGGUUCCAAGAACCUUCCAAAGCUUACUCCAAGGUCAUACAAGACACCUACGUGCGCCCAUUCCAGUUGCCGUCGAGCCGAUCUAACCAAAGUGGAAACUCUCAACAAGAGGUUGAGCAGUUUUUAGAGCUGAAACAGAUGUUGGUGGAAUAUGACAUGGAUGAACAGGAUUUUCUCUUUUUGCAGGAUAGGAACAAGAACAGCUCCAAUGUCAUUAAAAUUACCCCGGAAAUCUUUGAAAUCUUGAUAAGCACAUUGGAGUCCGAAUGGAAGAAGCUCGAGCAUCGAAUAAACUCGUUGGGGGGAGAUAACGCCAGCAGCAACAGCACUGGCAAUGGCACUGGCACCGGGCUCGACGCUUCCAAAACUGUGCUCACAAUGGCCCACAAUAACGAGAAAUACGGCAACGACGAUGGCAUCGAGCCGGGAUCUAUCUACGACCAGAAAUGCGCCGUGUGCUACGACAGCGACUGCGACAACUCCAACGCCAUUGUCUUUUGCGACGGGUGCGACAUUGCAGUACACCAAGAAUGCUAUGGUGUUGCCUUUAUCCCCGAAGGCCAGUGGCUAUGCCGCAAAUGCAUGAUCAACAAGAACAAAAAAAACACCACCGAGUGCGUGUUUUGUCCCAGCACAACGGGGGCAUUCAAGCAGCUCGAUAACAGUCUAUGGAGCCAUGUGCUAUGUGCGCUAUGGAUAAACGAGCUAUAUUUCGCCAACCCGGUGUACAUGGAGCCCAUUGAAGGCAUCGAUGCUAUACCAAAGAGUCGGUGGAAAUUAAACUGUUAUAUCUGCAAACAACGCGUGGGAGCUUGUAUCCAAUGUUCGAAUAGAAACUGCUUCCAGGCGUACCACGUCACUUGUGCCAAGCGGGCAGGGUUGUAUAUGGAUAUGACCCAGGGCAUCAAGGGGGCGCUUGCGAGUAAAUUGACCUUGAAAUCGUUUUGCGAAAAGCAUGGCCCGUCAUCAUUCGACGCCAGCUCGGUGCCCGCUGGGAUUGAAAAGACGCGGCGGUAUUUUCGAGACACCAAGAUCUUGAACCAGCAGAAUGCCAGAUUGAGCAGCGAUCAAAAACAAGCGAAUAAACUCAAUGUGUUUAAAUGGAAAACGGAAGCAGGAGCUCCCAUUGCCCCCAAAGUUUUCAGCGAUGUGCUCGUUGGCAUCAUGUACAAGUUGAAAGUGGAGAACCAAAUCAGUUUGCCCGAAGAAUCCACCAAUCAGGUUCUCGGCUUGAGUCGACUACCCAAUAGAACAAAAUUGGAAAUUGACCAGGAUUUGCGCUCGAUCGCUAAUGAAAUGUGCCGGUAUUGGUGCUUGAAAAGGGAGCUGAAAAAUGGCGCACCGUUAGUGAGGAAAAAUAACAAUUUGAUAUCUUCGAGCUCGAUACUUUACGAUUCAAACAAUUUGGAGAAUAACGGCGACAAUCAAGCACACGUUGACGAGAAAUUGAAAUUUGCCGAUCUACUUGUUUCGGACUUAGACAAACUAAUUGCCAUCAACCAAGAUGCGCUCGAGCGGCAAAAAUUGUACAAGGACAUCGAACAGGUAAACAGGGACAUUGUGGACACUGCCUACUUCCCGACCAAAACAUUAAUUGCGUCUUUGCUACGCCUUGUUAAUACGAAGCGGGAUGCCAAUGGGCUGAUCCUCAAUUUCCAGCCCAAGAAUGGCACCACCACCAAAAGCCUCGCGCAGAUUGUGGACCACAACAACCACUAUGGUUAUGAUUCAGUUAUGCAAUUGCAAGAGGAUGUCGAUGCCUUGAGCAACUGUGUGUUUACGCAAACAAAGCCGUCCACCAACGUCUAUAAACAAAUGCGCAAUUGGAAACGAGAUUUCGACAAGGAGAUGGGCAAAUUUGCCGCGAUUGACGACGAUUCCGAGCCACCACCAUGGGCUGCUGCUCCUACGCUUCAGUUCCCACAGCUAGUUUUAGCCGGCACGAAAACGUAUUUGGAGGAGCCAAGUUAUAGGCGGAUUUUGGAGGAGAAUGAUCUCAGCGAAGUCGACGCCGAUGAUGAAGAGGUGGAAACUGAAGAGAGUAAGAAAUUGUUUGAGCGAUUUUUGGCAGGCGAUGCAACAGCCGAUUGA